AUGAAAUCUGCCAAGGCGACAGCAGCUGGCUCUGCCUGCCUCUCCGGGCUGGUCAUUGAAAAUGGAGCAGGGCAGGACGAGCCCCGGAGGCCUGUGUUCUCUGCAGAUACGAGAGACAGACAAGUUCACGACGUGUCACCAGCAAUAUCCAUUCGUGUUUCCUCUUCAGAUCGGCUCGGCGGCCUCCUGGCCAGAGCAAGGAUGCCAUCAAAGGGCAUCCUAAAGACAGUCAAAGGGCCUUUGAGGAUUUCCCAGGCAGAGAGAAUUUCAGACUGUGGAAAAAUACCUGGCACGUCACCGCUGGGCUCCAGCACGUUCUCUGCACUGAGUCUGAAGACAGACCUCGGGUUCCUGCUGGAGCCACUCGCCUACAGCCCCAUCCUUCCAGUGGGCGGGUCGCAGGGAAGGCACUCGGCCCUGCUCCGCGGACAGCUCCUCACGCUGGCAUGCCGGCAGCUCACCCGACGGUGA